UCUCUACCAAUCCGGCUCCGUUUCUCAGUCGCGUGUGAGUAUUCGGCCGGGCAGCAGAAGCUAGGCUACUCGAGACCGCAGAAGAUGGCAUCACCAAGGACAAUAACAAUUGUCGCUCUUUCCUUCGCUCUUGGUCUGUUUUUCGUCUUCAUGGGUACUAUUAAGCUCACACCAAGACUAAGCAAAGAUGCAUACAGCGAAAUGAAACGAGCGUACAAGAGCUAUGCCAAGGCUCUGCCGGGCCUGAAGAAGAUGGGCAUCACCUCGGUGCUUCUGCGCAAGAUCAUUGGCACGCUGGAGCUUGGCUGCGGCGUGGUGCUGACUCUGGUGCCUGGGCGGCCCAAGGACGUGGCCAACUUCCUUCUGCUGCUGGUCAUGCUGGCAGUCCUCUUCUUCCACCAGCUGGUGGGCGACCCCCUGAAGCGCUACGCCCACGCCCUGGUCUUCGGGAUCCUGCUGACCUGCCGACUCCUCAUCGCCCGGCAGAACGAGGAGAGGCCCGAGAGGGAGGAGAGCAGACAGCAGCAUGUCAACGCUCAGGAAAAGAACAAAGUCAAAGUGUCCUAGUGCGUCACACUCUGCUCCACCCCUCCCCGUCCCCUGGCCCCAUCCCCACCUUUCCAUGCUGUGCAGAACCAUGCCAAGAGGAUGUAUGGACGUCCCAUUGGAUUAUAGAAUUACUGAUGAAACAAAACAGUUGUCACACAAAAACGAUAGCUGCAGCCCUCCUGACUGGCGGUCUGAUUGUUUUCCACCUGCUCUCUUCCUGACAGACAGCCCACUGCCCCCCCAUACCCCCUGUGACCCAUGCUGUCUAUACCUUUGCCAUAAAACCUCUCACUUCUGCCUACUGUUAUGAGUUAGUACCUAAUGGAAACCUAAUGUUAUGCAAUGAGACUCCUCCAUUUCUUUGUUUUGUUCAUAAUGUAAGCAUUUUAUUGUGCCAUCCUAUAAUAAAUAAUGGUAUUGUAAGAUGGUAUCAUAUCAUACAUGAGUGAGAAUGCUACUAAUAUGUUGUCAUCAGGAUGUGGUUUUCAUUAAGUCAUUUGAGUACCGAGAGUUGUGGAAUCUAUAUUAAACACAAUAUAUAAUAUCCCUUAAGUAGAAUCCAGAAUGGCACUGUAUAGUAAUACAGUAAAAGCAAACAUUGAAAAAUAUUGAUAAUUUAAGAAUUGAUUAUAUUAUUCUUUUUGCAGUGCACAUGGACAGUAUGUAGAAUACAACAUUGUAUUUAUUCUAUUUAAAUUCCUUUAGUUUAGGUGACUACUGUCCUUUCAUAUUUUGUUCUACUGAUAUCUGUGCAUGGAAAAUAAUUGCUCCUCCACAUGAAAUUGCUAACUCCCUCAUUGUGCAAAUGCAGCCAUUUUUCCUGUUAUCAAAUGGAUUUGGUGUAUUUGCAAAUACUGGCAAAGUAGUCUUUGCCCCCUCUGUUAAUGAAUCAUCAAAUUAGAUUUCGUCAACACCAUUUCACUUUGUUUGAAUAUAAAAUAAUGUUGCCAACAGAAAUAAGGGAAAAAAGAAAACAAAGACCUAAAUCCAAAUCAAAUGGUGACCAAAAUAAUAAGGAAUUGGUGUGCUCCAGAAAGUAGCAUCUACGAGUUUCAGAAGGUAACUCAUAGUUUGAUAAAAUAAGCUGAUGGAAUCCAAAACGUGUUUCAGUCUAAGUGUUAUACUUUUAUCUAGAGUGCCAAUGGAUUUGGGUUAUUUUUAACCUAAACCUAUUAUGGAUUCACAUAUAGAAUUGCUAUGACUUGAAAAUCGGUGAGUUCCAUGGAUGUCGAUAGAUAUAUUAUACUACUACACCAUAACAUGAAAGGGAUAUGUACAGUAAGGGUACAUUUUGUACUAUGUUGUCAAAAGAUUUAGAGGUAACUCAGGUUAAAUGUGGUAUAAAGAUAGUAUGAUGGUAUGUAAGGCAUUAAUUAUUUGUCACACAUCACCCCUUGUCCUUGCCAGUGUAGAUAAAUAAACGAAUGCCAAUAAUGCUGAUUACUGAACCUGAUGUGUGCCAAUCAGAUGUGUGCGUGUAAAAUUAAAUGAGAAGAAUAAAGAAUGAAGUUUGGGGAAAA